CUAUGAAGGUAGGCUGCAGCGUGUGUUUAUUGAUGAGAUGAAAAGAAGAUGGAAGUGAGAAAUGAAACAAAGUAAAAGGGACACGUUAGACAUCUUGUAGCUCAGACGUCGUCGUGGGGGGAGAUCCAUGCCACUUUUGGGAAGGGGCAGCGAGCUUCGAAGUGGAGAGCAACACAUGAUUUGGGAAGAGAGGACUGACAGCCUUGCCUAGUGCCCGGCCUCUGUUCAGCCAUCUCCACCAGCAAACUGAAGCUUGACCCGGACUUCAUCACCAGCCGCACGUCAUCUAACUGUCACAUCAGUUGCAAGGGGAUGACCGAGCGCAUUCAUAACAUCAAUCUCCACAACUUCAGCAAUUCUGUACUUGAGACCCUCAAUGAGCAGCGCAACCGUGGGCACUUUUGUGAUGUGACUGUUCGGAUCCAUGGAAGUAUGCUGCGAGCUCACCGCUGCGUGCUGGCCGCUGGAAGCCCCUUCUUUCAGGACAAGCUGCUUCUGGGCUACAGCGACAUUGAGAUCCCCUCUGUGGUCUCAGUGCAAUCCAUCCAAAAGUUGAUUGACUUUAUGUACAGUGGGAUUCUGCGGGUGUCUCAGUCGGAGGCCCUGCAGAUCCUAACUGCUGCCAGCAUCUUGCAGAUCAAGACCGUCAUCGAUGAGUGCACUCGCAUCGUGUCCCAGAAUGUGGGCCUGGCAGGUCCGGGAGGCUUCCCCGUUAUACCAGGAGACUCCGGUCAGGACACCCCCCGCGGCACGCCGGAGUCUGGCACAUCCGGGCCGAGCAGCGACGCCGAGUCCGGGUGUAUGCAAACGUCGACCCAGCAGAACGUGGAUCGUGCGUACACAUCGCUGUACCCCUACUCUGGCCUCUCCAAUGGCACCCGGGAGCGCUCCCUUUACAUCAACCCCAUGGCGACCAACUACGAUCCAAGUGCCGGUGCUCAGAAAGACCAGCAGUCUCAGAAUCCCCCCUGGAUGAACCGUAUCCAGGAAAGAUCCCAGCAGGUAGACCGCUUCAUCUCCACAGCCGAGUCCACGCACUGCCGCAAGCAGCCCCGACCGGUACGACUCCAAACGGGUGGGAUGCACAUCAAGCAGGAGGCCGAAGACGAGUUCAGCUGCUUUGACAAUGUCGGGGACUGCCACGUGGAGAAUGACCACACUGAGGCUGUGGUGAAUGAGUCCAAGGUGGAAAGUUUUGACUCGGGUGUCAGCUCCUCCAUCAGUACUGAGCCAGACGCCAUGGAGCAGCAGGCUUUCCUGAGCUUUAACCGGGACGGCGCCGGCGAGGGCCAGCAAGGGGAAGGUGGUCCGGUGCGGAUCGAAGUAAACGACUCGUCCCCGGAGCAAGGGCAGGAGCCUGACGAGGGUGACCAGAGCCACGGCACUAGUGACAGUGCCAUGAUGCAACACCUACCCAACCCCAUCAUGUCCCAAUCCCUGGCCAGCACACCGCACUACCUACGGCAGGUCGAGUCACACACCAGCAAUCUCCGAAUGCCGCACACCGUGACCAGCAGUUCCCAAGUUAUGGGCGGCGCCGCCGGCACUUUCUUGCCCACGCUCUUCCCUCCGCAGCCGGCCAGAGACAACAAGUCUUUCAUUUACCUUCCCGGGCAGCAGCAGACCCAGUUUGUGACGGUGCCGCCGCCCGCCAUGUCAUCGUUCCCCAACGCCAUGGCCGUGCCGCCGGCGCCAUCCCAGCAGCAGCAGGCAAUGGGUCAGGGGGAGAAGAAACCCUAUGCAUGCACUCUCUGCUGUAAAACCUUUACUGCAAAACAGAACUACGUCAAACACAUGUUUGUGCACACUGGAGAGAAACCUCACCAGUGCAGCAUCUGCUGGCGCUCGUUCUCCCUGAAGGAUUACUUAAUCAAACACAUGGUGACCCACACAGGGGUGCGGGCCUACCAGUGCAGCAUUUGCAACAAGCGCUUCACCCAGAAGAGCUCUCUCAACGUCCACAUGCGGCUGCACCGUGGCGAGAAGUCCUACGAGUGUGUCAUCUGCAAGAAGAAAUUCUCCCACAAAACCCUGCUGGAGCGCCACAUGGCCUUGCACAGCACAGGCAGCGCCAUCGUAGGGCUGACCGGCGCCACCGGCACACCGGGCCCCGUCUCCAUCCCCAUCCCCCUCCCCAUGGCCGUCCCCGAGCCCGGAGCCGGGGUGGUGGCCCUCGCCAUGCCCGUGAGCGGAGGUGCGGGAGAAGGGCCCGGGGUCGGAACGGGAGUGGGCGUGGCCGCGGAGGCGAGCUGCCAAGAAGGGACCACCUACAUGUGUUCUGUCUGCCCCGUCAAGUUCGACCAAAUGGAGCACUUCAACGACCACAUGCGAAUGCAUGUCUCCGACGGAUAAGUACAACUAGAUAAACUUCUCCAAAAGAAUGACAAACAAAAUGGCACUAGAUUUUCCUUUUCUUCUUUUGAGGUAUGGAGAGUAAUGAGUAUAGACACUGGCACAUUAAGUUUCCCAAAAAAAAAAAAAAAAGCAGAUUUUCUUUUUUGUUAUUCUAAAUAAACAAAAAGAUGGUGGCCUUAAGGCUUAGUAGUUGGAUAUUGAUCUACUGGAUGGAUCCUAACUACAGGCCUCUAAAUGUAUGAUUUCCUAAAAUAUGGAUUUAUGUGUUGAACACUACCGAAAGGCCUACGAAAGAAACACGUACACACAAACACACCUUUAGUGUAGAUCAAUUUGAGUGAGUAGAAGUGGUCAUUCUGUGUUGAUCUGCAUGUGUCCCAGUGUGUGUAUGUGUGUGUGUCUGUGUGUGUGUGUGUGGGUGUGUUUGUGAUGCCAUUUAAAAUGGCAGUUGUGAACCCAUACUGACCAGUUUGGAAACGAUAGAUGUCCAAACUUACUGUGGUAUAAUUUACAACAACAAUAACAAAAAAUCGUCUGGGUGGGGCACCAUAUUCCCUCUAAAAUACUGACAGUCACAAGAUUGCCUUCUAAAAGUCAAUUUAAAAAAAAAAGAGAGAGAGAGAGAGAGAGUAGUGAAUUUGACACUGGGUUUUAUUUAUUCCUCUACUAUUAAAACAUUUACAAUGAAGCUGUUGUCAAGGUACAAAUUUCAAUCACUUCCUGUCAAAGAUGGCAGAAAUAAUAGUUUUGUAAUUGUCCAAGCGUUUUUUUUUUUUUUUUUAUCGUUUAGUUUGCUAAAUUAGACUGUGUUGAUGAGACAGUAAAAAAAAAUCAACAACAAUGAAAGAAAAACUUUUCUGAAGUCAUUUGCACACACUGCCACUACUCUAUUUAAAAGACUGUUAGUCAAGGCUGCGCCAAUCAUAAAAUGAGUGAUUUUUUUUCCCUUCUUUGACAAUACUAUUUUCUUUCCCAGCCUUUUCCCAUUCACAGUUAGAGCAGCCUGGAAUAAAAGACUAAACUCUCUCCUUCAUAUUUGCUGCUCCUCCACUUACAUCAGACUGUUAUAGCCUGUAGAUUUUCAAACAAGAUUUGUCUCUCAAGCUAUUGUUGUUAUCGAUUAUUCCACGUGUUUUUUCCCCCCUUCUUCUUCUCAUUUUCUAUUCACGUUCUAUUUGGCGUUUUAGGCUGGCUGUAAAUGUGAACAGUCUUAAAGAGAUAGACAUUCAAUUUGAAUCCCACUUUGUUUUUGCAAUAAUCGCCAUUUGAUUGUGGAAUAGGACCAGUUCAUGACUUUUGCAAAGCUCUCCUAGCUACGGGAGCUAAAUGCAACACUCAGUCAGUCACUCCUCAACAACAUCGCCUGCAACAUUUUGAAAAGGAAAAAAAUCGGAGAAAAUCAAGUCGCUCUCCCACAUAAUUAUUAAACAUAUAUAUACACACACGCACACACAUACACACCAUACGAAAACACGCACACACAUGCAUACACCCCAAACUGUGGAUGGGCUUUCUACAUGACAAGUAUACAUUCCAGUUUUUCUAAAAGGCUUGGACAUACAUGUACAGAUUAGAUUUGUUAGUUUGUGUGCUAAGAUGUCAUUCAUGCAUCAGGACACCACUUGAGGCUGAUAUUUGGAGUUCAAAGUUUUCACCAGAAAUAGGACUCUCACACACACACACCUACAUAUGUAUACAAGUGUAGUGUGUGUGUGUGUGUGUGUGUGUGUGUGUGUGUGUGUGUGUGUGUGUGCGCGCGCUUGUGUUUGUGUCUAUAUAUCUAUGUAUAUAGACAUACACGCAGCUGUGUGCAACUACAAUCUGAAGAAUUUGCUCUUUUGUGUGAGCAAACAACUUUUGUAGUUAUGUUGUUCACAGUGCUGCAGAUAUAAAAAUAAAUACACAAAAGUGUGCUAUUUUGCACAUUUUCUUAAAAAAUGCCUGUGCUUAAUAUUUAAUCAUUUGUUAAUUUAAAUGGACUAUGAUUUAAUUUUUUUUCAAUUUUAAAGCAGGACAAUUUUUUUUUCAAAAAAAUCUUGAUAAGUGGACUGCGUUAUUUUCUUGCAUAUAUGUUGCACUGCUUAAACCGAUAAGUGCACUACUGUUAACAGAGAUAUAGUUUUAGAAAAGAGGAUUUUUAGAAAAAAAAAUCUAACAUUUGGUUAUAAAGUUCACGUUAGCAUAGCUUUGUUUCAAUUUUUAAAGUAAUUCAGCGGUUCUUGGCUUUCGUUAUUGCUUGCAGUUACCUACAGUAUAUCAAUAUAUAUACUGUUUGUACAGUACUUGUGCCGUCUCCAUGCAAGCAUUUAUUUAAAUGUGGAACACGACGUGCUCAUCUGUUUUAGUGUUUUUUUUUUUUUUUGUUGUUUUUUUUUUUUUUUAAUUUCAUGUUUUCUGGAGUCCCUUCCUUGUAACUCAAUAAUUCAUUUGGAUUUCUUUAAAGAGACAGAAUUUUCCUUAAAGCCAAAAGGUGAAACGGCGAAAGUAAUAAUAACAGCAACUUCUGUCUGACUUGGUGGUAGUGGUGAUAACAGCUGUUAUCACGCUUUUAAUAAUAAUAAUAAUACAAUUAUUAUCGUGUGCGUGUGUGUGUGUGUGCGCGCCUGUGUGUUUGUGUAAUAUAGAUGACAUAUGCGUCCUAGUACAACUUUUUGGGUGGGUGUGGAAACGUGAUGGAAUGCAGCUUCUUUGAUAAUACUGUAUGUGUCUGUGGGUUGUGCACCGUUGUGUCCUUUCCUUCCUUUAGUGAGUGUCGUCGUGUCAGUGUGCUCUUUUAGCCGAAUCCAACUGUUGAUACGUGAAAUAUUUUGACCUUGUAGGGCUUCCUUUGCAAUAUGCAGCGCAGGUACAACACGAGGAGUGGCUCCUCACCACACCUUUUGGGCUCAUAGGACACCUCCAAAACUGAGAGUUGGAAGUCCAAAUUGUUUUCAAAAUUUCAUCCAACUGCAAGUGAGAUUUCCCCUCAUUUGUUUCACAUUUACCCGUCUCAUUUACGGUGUGCGUAUCAGCCUAAAACAAAAAUGGUGCAGCCCCCCCCACUUUUUUUUUUUUUUCUUUUUUGUAGCUGUCGCUGCCAGGAUGGCAAAUGUGCUGCAUGCUAGUGCUCUAUUUGUCUUGACACAGCACGUGGAGGGUCAUCUCUUGCCUUAACAGACAAUGCACUAAAUAGUCUAUGUAAGCAAACUGCCGAGUUCUCUUUUCCAACAGUAUUGCCACAUUUCUGGGCACACAGCUUACGGCGUCUCGUCGUUCGAGCGCCAACACUGCCAAACAAACGUCAGCUUUCAGCGCAGAGCCAGACAUGUUUCAGUGUAAUAAUGUACGUAUUCAGUGAUUUAGCAUUCCUUCAUGGCACCCGCUUUUUGCAUAGUUUGUGUAAACACAUAUAUCUAAUGCACUAUAGACUGUAGCUAGAUGAGUACAACCAGCUUUGUGGUAUCAAUGGUCUAACUAGUAGGUUAAGUAGCUUGUCGUUGGCUUUGGACAAUAUUUUCAUUUCAGAAUUACUCUAUAAGAGUGUCUUGCUAUCAUUUUUAUGUUGUUCUUGUUGUUGUUGUGGUGGUGGAUUUCUGGAAUAACAAGUAGCCAAUCUCUCCGGAUGAGGGCUAAUAACCCUUCCCAUCACUCGUUGACUUGUAUGAUAAGAUUGAAAGGAAAGGAGCCUUCUUCUUCUUCUUCUCCUCCUCCCCAGUGUGCAUUAGCUACGCUUCACUGUCCAUAGUUAUACAGUACAGUAUAUGCUUUAUUCUACUUCAGAUACUCGUGGUGGGGCUUCUCAAUCUUUUCUCUGUGUUGCAAAGAAAAAUUGUAAAAAUGGUUGAAAAAAGUUGCAGCCCCGUUCAGAAAAGAUGGUCCUUUGCGCAUUUCUAGUAGUUUUAUUUAAGGGAGCUUUUCUGUUUGUUUGGGGUUUUUUUUUUUGCAGAAAGUUGGCGAAUUUUCCAGAACAAAACCUAUUAAUUGCUAGAUACCAAUCUCGCAGAUGUUUAUAUUGUGUUCUCCAAUAAUAUGACAUUUUGUUUAUCUUAGUGUAGAGAUUCGGGGUCUACAGUACUAUGUUUGUGCUUCUCGCAGUACAGUUGAUUCCUCAUUUAUUCACGAUACUUCUUUAGUUCAUCCCGUUUAUUUGUUCUGAUGAUCACAAACCGUAUGUUGUUGUUGUUAAUACAUGCAUAUAACUUUCACAUAGCUGGGUUGAGGGUAGUCAAGUAAUUGUGUAAUAUUUUUCACUGUGUAUUAUACUGUACAUAUGCAUACAGUACAGUAUAGGCUUUGCAUUGAGGUGAACACACAGUAAUGGUGAGGUUUCAUUGUAGUGUCCUUCUUCAUAGUUGUCUCCAUCAGUUUUUCUUUGUUCAAGCUUGAAUUAAGUCACAGUUAAGAUUAAAAUACCACUCAGAUUAUACAUAACAGCUUUUUAUUUCCUUACAGCGCACAUCAGUGUGAAACAGAUACCUUCUGACAAAGAUAUUUAUAUAAAUAUAUACAGUGAAUAUAAAUGUACAUAAAAGAAUCACCAUCUCCACACAGUUGAAUGCAUUUUUCCUUGUGGGAUAUCGGGAAUAUGCCUGUCAAGUGCCUAUCAGUACAUUCAGCAACUAUACAGAAUUCUCAUAGUUUUUCUCUCCUACAGUGCACAGAUACAAUAUAUACACAAUGUUCUAUUUAGUUAAAAAAAAUAUAUAUACGACAGUAUUUAUACAAGCAAAACCAGAUGGUUGUGACUGCAUCCAAACCCUUUAAAGUACAUGAAAUGUUCUAUUCAUAUACAGGAAAAGCAGGUGUUGUUUUACAUGCACGCCGCGUGGAGGAUUCAAAGAUCUCAAAGAUGCACAAUCACUUGCGAAAGUUCAACGGCGCUUUUCUUCUUGCACGUUGUUCACAUUCGUUGCGAGCGAGCUAGUUUCCGCGCUGUGUGACGGAGGGCAAGGUGGCUUUAUCACCUGUGGUGGGGGCCGCAUGAAUGUAAGUUGUUGCUGUGACUGUCGGCUUGUCCCACCAGGGGGCGUUGCCAUAGCGAGUCAUUGACAUGAUUUGUUUGGGACAGUUCUUAGAUGCCCUUCCUUACACAAUGCACUUUUCUUAAAAAUGUAUUUGAUUUGAUUUGAUUUUUUUUUUUUUUUUACCCAGGCUUGGAAGUAGUUGCAAAUGUCAACAAACUCCAGAUGUUUGUUUAUGCCUGUUCACUUGGUCACGGUCUACCUUCCAAGUAUAUUAUCGGGCCCUUUAGUUGACUUGGUCAAAGUACCCCAGGUGCCCUUCGAACUUAAUGAUACGGCGCCAUUGUCUACAAAUCUGAUGCCAAUUUCCUUCAACUAAUGUUGAUGAAUCCUUUAUCUUAUCAUCCAGCCAGAAAGUGGAGCGACGUGCAUAAAGAAACUCGUCGUGACAUUUUUUUUUUUUUUUUUAGCGUCCCCUCGUCGGAGGAGACUUCUUAAAAUCGAGAUUAGAAAUUUCCGUUGUUGCAAAAUGCUCCAUAAAAGCGUUUUGUGUCAGACAUGGAAGUUUUAGGAUGGCGAUGACGGUGUGGCUGUGAGAUUAAAGGGUUUGGACGGGCUCAUUAUUGUGUCCCCUGAUGACUAAUUACCACACUUUGAUUCUCCAGCCCGGUCAGUGUGCCAAAUUGAAAAUUUUAGGUGGGGGUGGGAACACGUAACAUUAAAACUAUUAUUGUUAAUUAGUACAAAGAACUGUUAGGGCCAUGGUGAAAAGAAAAAAAAAGAAUAGUUGUGCUAUGAGAACAAAGUAUUUAUUUUUCACAAAUAAAAGUUGCAGUUAUAAUGAAAAAGUCUUAAGUUCAACAGCUAUACAUUAAAGUACCACUCUUUGUUUCCAGAGUGCUGCCAUGUACACUAAUGAGUUACUCCUGUUAAACAUUUGUUAAAAACACUCGAUUGUAAAUUUAACAGAGCCACACAAACUCUCACAUUAAGAUGUUUAAAACAUCGACCAUUUCAUGACUACUUUAUUCUUGUAAAAACUGCAUCCUUAUUGUUUUUCACCUAGGAAUGCAACUUAAUUCUUGAAGUAAAUGUAUUUUUUUUCUUUUCAAAAGGGCCCUAAUACAGUAGUACUGUGUAAAUUACUCUUAAAAAUCACAUUAAACAUACAGUAGGUCCUACCAAAUGAAGUGAUUGCCUUCACUUUGGUUCUUUAAGUCCUCCAUCAUCCUUAUUUUUUACUAGGAGAAAACAGCUAUGAGUAUAAACAGAUCCUUUUUUGAAAGGCUUAAUUUCAUUGACAAUAGAAAUAACCAUCCAUGAUAUCGGCAACGUGAUAGCUCGUCCCUGUCAUCCAUCCGUCAAUCACACACACUACAUCCACCCGCAUUUUAACAUCAUGUUCUUUUCAGCCUUUGGUUUUUCUCCAUUAUGACACAACCCUAUCCAGUUAUUUAUUUAUUUUUGUUCUUCUUAAAGCAGCAGCUACCACUGUCGUAUCAGUCCAACUCCUGCGUGUAGUCGUCCUGUUCAAAGUCUUUACGGCAGUAGUUCUCUAACUAUACAAGCUUGUCGUACUUCCUGCCAUCGAAUGGAAGAAGAUUGAAGUGUUCUGCCGGUCACUAUAUGUUGUGAGCAUAGACAGAUAAACAAUGAUAUUUGGAAUUGGUAAAUGAUCAUUUUCAUACAAAUCAAGAGCAUUUGAAUAAUUUUCCACGGCACUUGCGCUGAUUUCUCACACCAGACUACAUUAGUCGUGUACUUUAUGUAGGAAUCACUGGUGUCAACCACCAUAACGUUGUGCACAGUUUGAACUUUAACACUGCGCUUGAAUAGAGUAAAAUAGAAAAUGUACUUGAUUAGAAAUUCAAUUGAAACAUAUGGCACAAAAAGGUUGCAUAUAAGUGGUACCUGAAUCAAAAUUUGAAAACAUAAUUUCAAAUGAUUAAAUGUAUAUAUGGCGACCUGGUGGAUGACUGGUUAGUGUAUCUGCCUCACAGUUCUGAGGGCUGGGGUUCAAAUCCCCGCCCAAACUUUGUGGAGUUUGCAUGUUCUCCCCAUGCCUGUGUGGCUUUUCUCCAGGCACUCCAGUUUCCCUUACAUUCCAAAAACAUGCAACAUUAAUUGGACACUCUAAAUUGCCCCUAGGUGUGAUUGUAGGUCCGAUUGGUUGUCUGUCUCCAUGUGCCCUGUGAUUGGCUGGCAACCAGUUCAGGGUGUACUCCACCUUCUGCCCGAUGACAGCUGGGAUCGGCCCCGGCACUCCCCGCGACCCUCGUGAGGAUAAGUGGCAAAAGAAAAUGGAUGGAUGGAUGAACUGUACUAAACAAAUGUACUACUGUGGCAUUAUGUACAUUUUGAACAUAAAGUAAUCUGAUUCUUUUGCAUACCAUGAGAGGGAGCCCAUGUACCACUUGCGGUACUGGUACCACAGUUUGAGAAUCACUGCUCUAUAGCAUCAGAAUCAGAAUCCUCUUUAUUUGCCAAGUAUGGCAAUUGGCUCAGCUCAGCUCUUUGGCAGCACAACCGCAUUCCCGUUCAAUCCAGAACAUUCCAGCUAGUGUUCCCCUUAAACAAUAUAAAAACAAAAAAAACAAGUUAUGAACCUAAAUUCAUUUGAUAUGUUAUUUAUCUUUUUGCCACAAGAGCGCAAAGCAAUCUCACUGUGAGCAGAGCACUUCUGUCGACAAUCUAUAUUGUUUUUGUUUUUAAGACUUAAAGGACACAUUGGCGCACUGGGCCGUGUUAGUUAUUUGAAGCCCAAUUGGCGAUUUAAAAGCUGCAUACGUGACAAUUUUGGUUGACAAAAAAAAAAGAAGGGUUGAGAUUCCAGUGUAUUUUGGAGAAAAUAACUUUUCUUUAUCUGGUGUUGGGUUUUUUUUCCUUGUUGAUUUUUUUUUUCUUUAUUUAAAGACAGAGAGCUUAAUGUUUGCUUGUAGUUUUGUGCUUGUCUUGACUUGAAGACCAAAUUAGAUUUGUAUGACAAAUCUAAAAAAAAAAACAUACACCCCAAUGAUAUUUGAAAUAUGAAACCAUAACACUUUGCGUUCAAUAUGUGUACCACCCCCACCUUUAAUUCAAUGGAGACCCUUCACCUUCACUUUAUAUUACAUUUUAUAGAUUCCAGUUUUAAAAAAUGAUUUACUCUUUAUACUUCUUUUUUUUUAAUAUUGGAUCUAUACAUUUUAAAGGCUAUACCUACAGCAACAAAUCUAACAACACAACUUUUAAAUACAUUUAGCCAUUUAUACUGGAGAUGGACCAAGAUGUUAAGUUUGCACAUAUUUGUAGGUUAUGAAGCCAAAAAUUGAGAAAAUAUUGACUCGUGAAAUAUCUUCAUGCUCACUGCACCAACAAAGGAAAUCGAAAUGUGCUCCAAAACAGUGAUCAUUACGAAACAGUAUAUUUUUGUAACAACAAAAUAUCAUCCUUCAAAGUUUUUCCUCACAAAUUUUUAACGAGACUUCUGUAAAAAAAAAAAAAAAAAAAAAAAAAUUCAUUCUAUGCUCUCAAAAUAGAAAUUUGAAUUGGGGUAAUUGGUCUAAUGCUGAAGGCACAAAUUGCUUCAAAUUACAAGACGGGCACCUCCUCAUCCUUUUUUGUUCUUCCUUUGGUCAUCUUGUUUGGAGAUGACGUGCUUUUUUUUUUAAUGUAAAAUCAGAUGUUGCUUGUGUAUGUAUUUUGUUAGGCUUUGUUUCUGCCUGUAUUGGUUUUCUGUCUAAUUAUAAAUCCCACAUCCCCCCCCUUGGAAAAAAAAAACUUGGCAGAAGUGGAGCUGUUGUAGUAAAUGGUAGUUAAAGAUGACAUCAGACUAAAGGACCCUGAGAUAUAUGCUGCAGUAAUGUGUUUUAUUAAGUUUGUAUUUGGUAAUUUAUCCUCCAAGUUUUUGUUUUAUUAAUAUUAUUGUUAUGAAACGAGCUUGUUUGAAAUGUUUUGACUGCUGUUCUGAAAUAGGAGAAAGCAUUUUUCUAAACGUAGUAUGUGCGUGCACAGACAUUUUUUUUUCUAAUAUGAUUUGUCAAACACUGGACUGGAGUGAGUUUUCCAACAUUUCCAAGUUGAGCAAUGUAUUUGACAGACAUGACUGCACAGGACGUGGGAGGGGGCGGGGCUUAGUUGUUCAACAUGAGGCGUCAAGACAUUUCCUUUGGUUGCCGUUUGGUGAGGGGUGUAUACCCGUGUAGGUGACCCACUCUUCCAAACCGUUGCCUGGUAACUGGGGGAUCGGCAUGGUAAUCGACCCAUUCAUUGAACGCCACUAAUUCCCUCGAUUGGUGGGAAUUGCUCAUUAGUUAAUGUCGUCGUGAAGCAAUUGCGUUUGAAUGGAGUGCACUGUUUGGCUUCCAGGAGUUUAGAACAUUUAACGGAGAGAUCAAUUGCUCGUCAAAUGUAGAUUUCUUUGAAUAAUGACUUUGUAUUUUGCCAAUAGUCCAAUGCCCAUCCCUACUGGUGGCCGAUUGCAUUGACAAGACAUCAAUAAAGGGAUUUUUCCACGUGACAGACAGACAGGUAGGACGCCUUCUUGCUAUGGUAAAGCCGAUAAUCACUAAAUCUCACAUUGUUCCACUUUCUCAAACCAGAAAAGAAAUUUGCACUAUAGACUCAUUUUGGUCUUUUUCUAUCAAAAAGCAAUAUAAUUCACUUUACACCUCGUAGAAACCAUAGUUGUUUGUUGGCGUCCGUGGAAAGAGUUGAUGUUUUUUCCCACAUUUGAGGGGCAUUAAAGUGACAUUUCCUCCUGCGGUUGUUUUUGGAUAAAAUGAAAAACUAAUGUGAGGUAAAUGAGAUGGGAUGUAAUGAGGGAAGGGAUCCAUUCUGAGUCUUCAUCAACUAUUGUUUUGGAAACAAACAACAAACAAAGAAACAUUGCUUAUUUGGUCAUUUUGAGUGUUUUUGUUUUCAUCUAGAAUGUUCCAAAAAUAAAAUGCACCUUUUUGUGAUAUAAAUUUCAUUGGCUGCAUCCACCAAAUCUCCUUUUUUUUUGUCCCAACAUUAAGGUCUGACCUUGACACAAAUUAUUGUUUAGUGUUUUUUUUUAAAAAAAAAACAAAAAAAAAAGACAACAACAACAACAAAAAAAAAAAAGAAAGUCACCAUGAUAUGCGGCAAUGUAGCUUUUCUUCCUGUUCCCACCGCUUUGUCUGGUGUUCCGGUUUGUCUCAAUAUGUUGCGUGUUCGAGGAAGCAUAAGUACGUGCCUUCUUGUAAUCUCCUUGUUAUUAUUGAGAAGCUGAAGCCAGCCAAUUGCGUUUGCACUAAAAACCAAAUUGCUUUUUGUUUCGUGAUGUAGACUAUUUAAAGCGAGCUUGUUGCGUCACUUUAAACCGUACAGUAUGCAUGAGGGUAGAUUGGCUCAUCUGUCGACCUGUAAACAAAA